GGCAGGGGCGGGGCCGGACGCAGAGUGACGUGACGGCGUCAGGCGCCGCGGGAGCCGCUUCCUGUUGUCAGUGGCCGGGAGGCCGCGGCGUCCCAUCCGAGGCUUAGGGGCUGCAGCGGCUGGCAGUGCCCCCGCCCCCUCGCCGCUCCCUUCGGAAGUGAAAUUGGGCAUACAUAGAAGGCCAGGCAGCAUAAGAAAGAAAAGCAACCAGAACAAUUCCUUCCUGUGUGUUGGAACAUUUAAGAAAAGACAACUGUGAAACCUGGGUACCAUGGAAAGGACUUGGCCUCAGCUGGUUGGGACUACAGACUUGAUGGGUGUCAUGUGAUUCUCCUGGGGAGCUGCUGCUGGAGUGGAAAUGCUCUCAGGGGUGGAGAAUGGACUGGACCCCCGGGCUGCCAUCCCGGUCAUCAAGAAGAAGCUAGUGGGCUCCGUGAAGGCACUGCAGAAGCAGUACGUGUCCUCGGACGCGGUGGUCACGAGCGAAGACGGAGAUGCCAACAGCAUGUGCAGCGCCCUGGAGGCCGUCUUCAUUCACGGCCUGCACGCCAAGCACAUCCGCGCUGAGGCCGGAGGGAAGAGGAAAAAAGGCGCCCACCAGAAGCCUCUGCCUCAGCCCGUCUUCUGGCCUCUCCUGAAAGCUGUCACCCACAAACACAUCAUCUCGGAGUUGGAGCACCUGAUCUUUGUGAGCACGGAUGUGGGCCGCUGCCGGGCCUGGCUGCGGCUGGCCCUCAACGACGGCCUGAUGGAGUGCUACCUGAAGCUGCUGCUACAGGAGCAGGCCCGCCUGUGUGAAUACUACCAGCCCACAGCCCUGCUCCGUGACGCCGAGGAGGGAGAGUUCCUCCUGAGCUUCCUUCAGGGCCUGACGUCCCUGUCCUUUGAGCUCUCCUACAAGUCUGCCAUCCUCAAUGAGUGGACACUCACCCCGCUGGCCCUCUCGGGGCUCUGCCCGCUCUCAGAGCUCGACCCCCUCACUACCCCUGGAGCUGAAUUGCAGCGGAAGGAGUCUCUGGACUCCAUCUCCCAUUCCUCGGGCUCAGAGGACAUUGAGGUCCAGCACUCAGGCCACAAGAUCCGACGGAACCGGCAGCUCACCGCCUCCUCCCUCAGCCUGGACACGGCCAGUUCAUCCCAGCUCUCCUGCAGCCUCAAUUCUGACAGCUGCCUCCUCCAAGAGAAUGGCUCCAAGAGUCCAGACCGUUCCGAGGAGCCCAUGUCCUAUGACUCGGACCUGGGGAUGGCCAAUGCUGACGACUCGGACAUGUCUCUACAAGAGGUGUUGUCAGAAUUCAGCAAAGCCCAGGUAAACUCUGUGCCAGCCAACGGACUGAGCCGAGAAACGGAGGUUCCCACGCUGCAGGCCCCGCUCCCCCUCCCUGGCCUCGACACCAGCACAUCCCUGCACUUGGAGGAACCAGCAGAGCCCCGCCACACCCAGGCCUCCCCUGGGACUGGAGAUGGGGACCACAAGCGGGAGCCGCUUGCCCAGGCGCCCGGCCUCCUGGGGUGGCCGCAGCCGGGCCCUGCCCAAGCUGUCCUUUCGGGGAGCGCUUCAGGCCAGCAGCCUCCUCGUCCCGUGAGAGACGCCACCAGAGCAGCCGGCCAGGAAAGCGGCCAGCAGAAGCCCCCGGAGGAUGACGGACCUUGGCUCAGCCUUGCGGUUCCCUCCCCCACCAGUCCGAAAAGCAAGAGCUGGAUCUCAGAAGAUGACUUCUACCGGCCUCCCCGGGAACAGCCCACAGACAGUCCUGAUGCCGCCACAGCUUCUCCCAGGGGGAUUCCCGAGUCAGGGCCUGGCCUCCUGGUGCAAGAACCAAGACGAAGCUGCUCCAUGGAGGCCUUAGACAAAGCUUGCGCGCCUUCCCCAGGAAGCGGGAGAAGCAGGGCUGCCCCGGCGCCGCCGGAACACAGGAACUUCCGGGUGGUGCAUCGCCGGCAGAUGGGGCUGUCCAACCCAUUCCGGGGUCUCCUGAAGCUGGGCACGGUGGAGCGGCGGGGGGCCAUGGGCAUCUGGAAGGAACUCUUCUGCGAGCUGUCCCCGCUGGAGCUGCGCCUCUACCUAAGUGGCAAGGAGCGCACCUGCGUGGAGACCUGCUCGCUGCUGCGCUGCGAGUCCGUGGGGCCGGCCCACAGCGACGGCCGCUUCGAGCUGCUCUUCUCUGGCAAGAAGCUGACCCUGCGCGCCUCGUCCCGGGAUGAAGCUGAGGACUGGCUGGACCGGGUGCGCGAGGCACUGCAGAAGUGCCGGCCCCAGCAGGAGGAGGAGUGGGUGACCAUCCAGUACCCGGAGCAGCCCGAGGACCCCCCAGAGGCCCCCCAGGGUGGCCACCCCGCCCCCUCGGAUCUGCACACGGAGGCUGAAACCCCCCAGGGCCCGCAGUUCGACUGGUCCUUCUCCCAGGUGCCUGAGCCCGACGCUAUCAAAGAGUCCCUGCUCUACCUGUACACGGACCGCAUGUGGAUGCCCUACAUCUUCUCCCUGUCCUUGGAGUCCCUCAAGUGCUUCCGAGUGAGAAACAACGAGAAGAUGUUAAGUGACAGCCACGGAGUUGAGACCAUCCGAGACAUCCUGCCGGACACGAGCCUCGGGGGCCCAGCCUUCUUCAAAAUCAUCACGGCCAAGGCCAUCCUGAAGCUGCAGGCCGGGAAUGCCGAGGAGGCCGCCCUGUGGAGGGAUGUACUGCGCAAGGUCCUGGCGUCCUACCUGGAGACGGCCGAGGAGGCGGUGACUCUCGGCGGCAGCCUGGAUGAAAACUGUCAGGAGGUGCUGAAGUUUGCCACGCGGGAGAACGGCUUCCUGCUGCAGUACCUGGUGGCCAUCCCCACAGAGAAAGGCCUCGACUCCCAGGGCUGCUUCUGUGCAGGCUGCUCCCGGCAGAUCGGCUUCUCAUUUGUACGACCCAAGCUCUGUGCCUUCUCUGGCCUCUAUUACUGUGACAUCUGCCAUCAAGACGAUGCCUCAGUGAUCCCGGCCAGGAUCAUCCACAACUGGGACCUCACCAAGCGCCUGGUCUGCAGGCAGGCCCUGAGGUUCCUGACACAGAUCCGGGCCCAGCCCCUCAUCAACCUGCAGCUGGUGAACGCGUCGCUAUACGAGCACGUGGAGCAGAUGCGCCUCAUCGGGAGGAGCCGGGAGCAGCUGAAGCUGCUGGGGGACUACCUGGGCCUGUGCCGGAGCGGAGCCCUGAAGGAGCUGAGCAAGAGGCUCAACCACAGGAAUUAUCUCUUGGAGUCGCCUCACAAGUACAGUGUCGCCGACCUCCAGCAGGAGUACUCCAGGCUGGAUGCCAGGAGGAGCAGCAGGCCACAUCUUGCAGACAGCCUCGGGCCUGACACAGCCUCUCAGAAGGCCUUGGCGGCCGGCGCUUGCCCUCCACAGAUCGCGGACGGGGUGUAUGAAGGCUUCCUCAAGGCCCUGAUUGAGUUUGCCUCCCAGCAUGUCUACCACUGCGACCUGUGCACCCAGCGCGGCUUCAUUUGCCAGAUCUGCCACCACCAUGACAUCAUCUUCCCCUUUGAGUUUGACACCACAGUCAGGUGCGGCGAAUGCAAGACCGUCUUCCACCAGACCUGCCAGGCCGUGGUCAAGAAGGGCUGCCCCCGCUGUGCCCGCCGACGCAAAUACCAGGAGCAGAGCAGUCUCACCUAAUCCCGCCUCUUGUCCCCACCCGGGACCCUGGGCUCAGCCAUCCCAGCCGGGUUGGCCACCAGCCUGGCCACACUCUCAAGGUGUCACAGAGCCAGGAAAACUCUCGGAUGAGACCAGAGCACUGGCCUACGAGAGGGAGCCCCGGGAGCCCCUGAUGACACCUCCUGCCCCCCCACCCACCUGCUCCAGGAGGUGCGGACACCAGCAGGUGCCCCCUGUCCGAGGGUGUGGGCAGAGGGGGGCUUUGCACUAAUCGGCCCGGCUCCCCUCACUGACACCCCAUCUCCAUGAGGGCUGUUCAACACUGUGGAAACAAGACUUGGGAGCAUUUUCAAUUCCACAUUCCUGAUUAAAAGCUCUAGUUUUUUUAAGGUGGGUUUUUUUUCCCUUCAUAUUUCGACAGAAAAUAUUUUUUUAUUCUUGACCCUCCACAAGUCACCCAGGAAAUCCAGGUUCUCACCCUAAGCGGAUGUGUAGAAACCGCUCAGGCCCAGCUUGGAGGUGGGUGGUGGCCGGGUGAACAGGCCCCCCAGGACAGAGCCCACCAGCUGGUGGGUGCCUUUCCUUCGCCCUCACCGGGCGCUUGCUGCUGACAGCUCCUGUACAACGUGCCAAACUGCCCUGGGCCAGGCGGGCUCAGUCCUGAGGAUCACGAUCUCCACGCCCCCCCAUCUGCUCCCUGGUCCCCCCUCCACCUGAAAAGCCCGUCAAUUUCUCUGUGUCAAACCCACCCCCCACCCCUCCUGCGGCUCUCCUGUAGCCUGGGAUCUUGGUCCCGACGGAGGAGGGCUAUGACUCGGAACCAGCACUGUCAGCACUUUGAGCCUUCCUUGGUCCAGGGGAGGAUCGUCGUCAUCUAGCCCACCCCUCAGCCCCCUGCCCUCCUCACUCCUGCCCCCGACUGGCAGCCAGAUGGGCAGGGGGCUGCUGCAGACACAUUUCAGGAACGCACCCCCCGCCUGACGGACCCCGCCGGGACCGAGGUAGACUGUGUCCACACUGCCCCCCGCCGUCCUUCCACGAAGAGCGCCAGCCCUGCUGCAGAGAUGCGCAAGGACAUGCAGGAGAAGCCACCCGUGGAAGGAUGCUCAGCCUGUUUAUGAAGCCAUGAGUUCACAAAGUUCUGCUGGACAUAACCCAGGAGGGCUGCUGCCAAGAGAUUGGAACAUUUCACUGGAGCACAACUGCCUUUGGAGGGGGUCUUCGGGUGGAGCCUGAAAUUGUUUUCAAAGCGAUAUUUAGACCCUGGGGCUUUGUGGGGGGGCAUGAUUUCUCUGUUGCCUCCCCCCACUUCUCCUGUACCCAGCAGGCCCCCCUCAGCCCUGGUGCCCCCCUGACCAUCUUAUCUGUGCUCAGCUGAGAUUGGAGGCCUCAGGUAGAUAUCCACCUUCACUGUCAAGAGACGAACCCACUCCCACCUCUCCCUUGGGGUGAUUCGGCUGCUGAGUCACCUGCCCAGCCCUGUAGAGCUGGAUAAAUUGUGCAAUAGAAUGGGGGAGGUGGUGGGCGGGUCAGGGAAGGGGCUGUCACAUAGCUUCUUUGUCCCCAUCACGGAAGCUGGUGCACACCUGUGCUCAGCCUCCUAAACCAGAAAAUGGAUCCUUAGCCCCACCCCCACCCCCAGCCAGCAUUAAUGCUCCACCAGAAACACAGCCUGAUCAGAGCCAUAAUUGGUGGUCUUGGGGCGGGCAGCACUGCCUGAGCCCAGCCCUGUGAGUGUAUUCUGUAUCCCAGAAGAUCCCUAGGCGGCAGCGGGAGUGAGGCCCUGGAGAAGUCCACUUUGGUUCAGUGGGGGCUGGCAUACCACACUCCCUACCUUCUCCGGGAUCAGUAGCAUUAAAGCUGACCGCCCCCCUCCCUACCACCAAAAAGCUGCUGAUGCUUUCAGAUGAGUUGAUUCACCCUCUUCACCUCCAGUGGAAAGCUGGUAUGAACCUCAGUAGUGCCCACACUAUUUUUUAAAUUUCCUUUUAUGCAAUAACCUGUUUCUAGAGGGCCCUGGCCCUGAGAAGUGCUUUGCCAUGUACUGGAGGAACUGCGGCCAUGUGACUUUUGAGUGAUUUUGCAGUAAAGACCUGCUGUUUCUAA